AUGAAAGAUGUUAUUCGAGUUACUCCAGAACAUUUCCAUCAAAGUUUAGCUGAAUCUAUAACAACGUUACUUAAUAGAAAACUUGCUAAUAGGGUAGUUUUGAAUGUUGGUUUAUGUAUAGCACUUUUUGAUAUUACGAAUAUUGGACAUUCAUAUAUAUUUCCCGGAGAUGGUUCAUCACAUACUGAAGUCAAGUUUCGCUACAUUGUUUUUCGGCCUAUUGUUGAAGAAAUACUUAUAGGUAAAAUAAGAAGUUGUAGUAGAGAAGGUGUGCAUGUGACCAUAGGUUUCUUUGAUGAUAUUUUAAUACCAGUGAAUGCCUUGCAACAUCCAUCAAGAUUUGAUGAGACAGACCAAGCAUGGGUGUGGGAAUAUCCCAAAGGAGAUGGUGAAAAACAUGACUUAUUCAUGGAUUCAGGAGAGUCUAUAAGAUUCCGAGUGACAAGUGAAACAUUUGAAGAGAGUUUGCCUACAGGUCCUCCAGGUACUGAAAUUCCAGUUAAAACAAUUGCUCCAUACAGACUAACAGGUGGAAUAAAUGAACCAGGGCUUGGUCUAUUAACAUGGUGGGAAACACAGGAGCAAGAUGAUGAGGGGGAGGAUGAUGAUGAACAGGAAAAUGAUGAA